CAGCCCUGAUAACAGAAAGUUAUUUUUAGAUAUUCUGCAUUCUAUCCGUCUCCCUCUCUCUAGGGUUCUAAAGAAAGAUGGGCAAUUCUUUUCGUAACCAGCCACUGCCAACUCUCUACGGAGAGAACAAGACUCCCGUAACAGAGGAUAUCCUGGAGGUCGGUCUUCUGGUCGCCUUUGGCAUGAUUGCAUUCUCCUUCAUUCUCAUAAUACCAGGAAUAAGAGGAUGGGAGCGUUUAUUUGCAACGAUUCGUGUUUUUGUGACGUUAUUUAUUGGAGCGGUGAUAUUGGUCAGUAACUUUGGCUAUGGAUGGUAUACCGAUACAGUCCGUGUCCAAACACAAUACAAGGCAUUCACCACCGAGGAAAUAGUUGCUGAUGUGGGACUGCACAUUGGACUAAGGGGCAUCAACAUCACUCUUAAAGGACAGCCACUUGAUCCUAAUGGAGCUCUUGCUGGGGAGACCAUUGACUACAACGAGAGGUUCUGGUGGGCCGAUCCGUGGUUCCAGGGUCGUAUCGGUUUCGGUCGCUAUGCCGGUCGAAUCAAUCAGGAAUUCCGUGCUGCUCAGUACCGGGGUAUGCCUUAUCCUAUCCUGUGGGUUGCUGAAUACUUCACUUUGGACGGGGAGCAGAUUCGUUGGGCUAGGAAGUUCCGUCAGGCUGGCUGGUAUGCUCAUCAAUAUCUCUGGCUUGCCUUUGCUAUAUAUCUAUUAACAAUCCUUACAUAUCUGUGGAACAUACGUUAUGGCAUUCAUCUCACAAUGCUGCUCGGUAUCAUAAUGAUAAUGGCUUGUGGUGCCUAUGGUCUCGUCAUACUCAAUAAACCGCACAUACGACUGCCGUGGAACCAAGCAAAUUGUGAGCCCAACCCAAGCGCUGGUGAAUGGUGCGCUCAAGCCAUGGUACCUCAUUUCGGCUGGUCCUGGGGACUCGUACUUGCUACUGGCAUUCUGGUGUUCAUUAUGGGCGUGAUCCUAUUUAUUGUUGAUUUCUUUGUUCCUCGCUGGACUGCACCUCUCUUCCAUCAUAAUAUUGUUGAAGCGGAUGAAGAGUUCUUGACUGAGGAAACUGAAACCGUAGAAGAGUCUGUUGGUUAUCGUGAUGGACGGGGUAGAACCAGAAGAGGUGGUCGUACAACUCGCGAUCGUGCCCUCAACAAAUAUCGUCAGACCCAAAGGCGUCCUCGUACAACCGAGCGUGGUGGGCGUGGCUCCCAGCGCCUCAAAAAUGACAUCCCAUUGGAGGAGAUUGCAGUCGUUGAGAAGAGUCUUGACGCUUAAACACUCUCCCCGGAAUGAAUAUAUUGGACAUUUUAAUUUUCAAGGCCAUUUUUUGAUUUAAGUUUUUAUCUUAGUUUAUUUUUGUAGUGUUGUCUUAGGAAGUUUUUUAUCAUCAGUAGUAGUCCUGUAGUUUUCCCA